AUGGGACACGCUGAAGCAAACAACAUGCAAGGGACUGCAGACAAUAACAUGAACAACAAUGUGCAUGAAGGUGGAAUGCAGCAACACAAAGGUCAACAAUUCAGAGGCUAUUCAGAGACAAUAAAAUCCCAAAUGGCAAUGGGGAAUGUGAUAGAUGUCAGAAGCAAGAAGCUGGGCAAAAAUGGACCCAAACCAAAAGAGUACACAGAUGAGUUUCUGCAAUCAGUCCCUCUUUACAAGAGGACAACUGAGAGAAGCUAUGGAGCUGCUCUCAAAAUCCCACAUGUCACCAUCCAUAAAUUAAAGAAACAAGGGAGACGCAGAACACAUACAAGCACAAAUCACCCACAUCUGACAGACAACCACAAGAUAGCAAGAAUGAAAUGGGUGCUAAGUCAUCUAAUGUCUGCUGAAGACAAUGGGGACCCUAAGUUUGUGGACAUGCAGCAAGUUGUCCACAUUGAUGAAAAAUGGUUCUACUUGAACCCAGAAACUAGGAGGUUCUACCUCCUACCAAUUGAAGCUAACCCAUAUAUGUGCCAACAAUCCAAAAGGUUCAAAGUGAAGGGCAUGUUCAUGGCAGCCAUAGGGAAGCCAAUUUUUGACCACCAAGGAGCAGUAUUACAUGAUGGAAAGUAUGGAAUAUUUCCAUUUGUGUAUGAAAGCACAACAAAGAAAAAAAGCAAAAACAGGGAAGCUGGUGUUGUAGAAAUCAAGGCUACACAGAAUGUCAACAAAGAAGCCAUAAGGGCAAUGCUACUGAAUAAUGUCAUUCCAGGCAUCAAAGCUAAAUGGCCUUCCCAUCUACCCAAGGACAUAUGGAUUCAGUGGGAUAAUGCCAGACCUCAUCAAAUUCCAAGGGAUGAGGAAUUUGUGUCAGCCUGUCAGUCAAAUGGAUUCAAUAUUCAGUUCAUAUACCAGCCACCUCAGACUUAA